AUGGCGUUGAAGAACACCACCACCUUUAUGAGAGAGAGACGUGAGAACGGAACCCCCGAAGAUUUGCUAUCGUAUCUGGAGCGAAUCUAUGGCGAUCCGAACGUCAAAGCGAGAGCCGUACAGCGUUUAUAUGCGCUAAAGCAGAAACCGAACCAAUCAUUUGAAAGAUUCUUACCGAGUUUUGAGAGAGAACUAGCCGAUGCGGGUGCCCUCCAAUGGCCCGAUGAUUCCAAAAAGCAUACGCUAGUUAUGGCACUGAAUAAAGAGACGCAUUCAGCCCUAGUGAACCGAGGUGUGCCGAGCACCUUUAACGAAAUGGUGUAUCUUCUACACCGAAUCAGCGCCGACUUGUCAGGGUUCCAGGCGAUGUGGAACCGACCAAAACGUGCGACAGCAGCUACUGCCCAGAUCGAAGAAACUUACGAUCCAAUGGACUGGCAACCCACGUCAGUGAAGGUGAACCGAUUCGCCACCGAUUUAGACCCGAAUCGGGAUCGAGACCUCAUUGGCAAACGUGCGAAAUGGGUAAGCGAAGAGGAGAGAGACAGACGUCGUGAAGAAGGACUUUGUAUACGUUGUGGGCGACCGAAAUGCCGUAUCGCAUCAUGCCCCCUGAAACCUACAAGACGUCCCGAGGACCGGAGGCACACCAACAAACUUGAGAGAAAGCCCCGAAACGAGACCGUUUCGAGCAAGAAGCGCGAGGAAGUUGCCGCUGUCGCAGAGUCAUCCAGCGAGACCGAAUCCACUACGGUUGUCGAAUCAUCUGGAUUGGAAAAAGAGUAG